CGCAGGCUGUCGGGUCCCGGCGUCCGCACCGCCGCCUCCACUUGAGCCGCUGCCUCUCGCUCCGCACGUGCGACGGCUCCUGGCCGGGUUGACCCGGGUUCGUGAGAACCUCGGCUCGGUCUCGCCCGGCCUGGCCAUGGCAGCGACCGCGGCGGUCCCGCGCGUGUUCUUGGAGGUGCGGAGACAGCUGCAGAGCGCGCUGCUGGUCGUGGGGGAAAUGGAAGAAGGAGACCUGCCCAUGGACCUCUCCCUGACCCCAUCCUCACUCUGCGUGGAAGCCCCGGCAGGCUGCACCGAGCUGCGGCUGCCCACAUGGGUGAGGCUGGAGCCGGCCUCCUGCCGCGGGCUGCGCUGGGACGCCUGGGAUGGGCUGCACCUGCGGCUGCGAGCCCAGGCUGAGCCCAGCACCGAUUCGACUUCUGUGUUUAAUCAAAGCCCAAAAGCCCAAGAAUAUUGCACGCUUUAUUGCCAAGCCUGUGGUGAGGCCGUAGUAGAGGGCAGGAAGCUCCUCAGGGUGCUCCCCCUGCCCGGCGAGGACUGGGGGGCCUUGGUUGGGGAGUGGUGCUGCCACCCUGACCCCUUUGCUAAUAAGCCACUGCAGCCACGUGAGCACGACUGUUUUAUUGGAGACUCUUUCUUCUUGGUGAAUUUAAGAACCAAUUUGUGGCAUCCAGGAUCUGAAGUAUCCCCAGCAGAGAAGUGCCAUCUUCCUCCUGAGAACCACUUUAAACUGGAACCAAAGGCAAAUACCCAAGUAAUUUGUAAGCGUUGCAAGGUAAUCUUGGGAGAGACUAUGUCAUCAGAAACCACUAAGUUUUAUAUGACAGAGAUAAUUAUUCUGCCAUCUGAUAAAAGCUUUCCCAUCAUACCAAGGUCUCAGUUCAUCCAGAGCAUGAUGGCCCAGUGUCUGGUAGAACUCUCUGCUAGAAGCACAUUUAGGAUUACUGUUCAAGGUCGGGAUGGCAAAGUGUACAUCUUGCUGUGGCUUUUAAACUCAGACAGUUUGGUGAUUGAAUCUUUGAGAAGUUCCAAAUGGAUCAAAAAAUUCCCCCUGUUGGAAGAUGCAGCACAGGCCGAUUGCAGCUCCGUGCGGAGCGCUGUCAAGGUCCUCUACCAGCCCUGCGUCAGAGGCAGGAAUGCAGAGCUCGCCUGCUCAUGGGACAGUGACAUCAGCGUCCACCCUGUGACCCUGCCCUCCACGACCUGCUUGGAGCUGCUGCUGGUCUUGUCCAGGAGCAACGCGGCACUGCCCCCAUCCCUGCGCAGCCUGGGCACCUUCCAGGUGGCCUUUUUGAGGAUGUAACCAUUGGAGCAGAGGCGUUAUCUUCCUAGGACAGAUGGCCUCCACUGAGGGGCACAGCAUAGGCUGCUACGGGCACCAGUUACAAAGAACAGAACCAGAGCUGUGGACGGAGCCUGGCACCGAGGUUUCGAGUUUACUUGUGUGUGUGUGUUCUCUGAGAGUUAACUUCGGAUCUCUGAAAACCCGGAGUGUGAAGAACGUUGUGGUGGCUGCUUGUCAGCAGGGUAAGAUACGCAUUGAAGUUGCAUCUCUGUGUCAUACAGAAAGACACAUUCGGAUGUAUGCUGCGUCUGCCCCUCCUGGCCGCCGUCAGCUGGUGGAGACCUGCCUGCUGCGUGGGACACGGUGGUGAUCCUCGCGCUUGCACCUGAAUGCGCCUGCUGUGAAUCCUAGGAAAUAAGCUUUCCAGAGCUUCUAGAGAUCGUUUAUAACAAAUUUUAAAAAAGAAAAAUACAGGAUUUUUAAAAUAGUUCCUUUAGGGGAGAUGCUUGGCAGUUUUUGAUUGAUUUUCAAAUUAAAGGUUUUCCUAUUUGUUCA